UUUCCCUUUUCUCAACAGCAAAAUACAGAGACAAAGAAAGAGAACGACACCGCGACCUGAGCAGUGACAGAGAGAGAGAGAAACAGAGAUCCGGGAGCCGGUGAGUCCCCGGCAACCGGCCUUCGACGCGUCCUCGUCUCCCACAAAUAGAACCGAAGUUGUUGACUCUAGGGCUUUCCGGUGAAGAUUCAAGCGAUCAGAUGUGGUAGUGGGGAGUUCCGACCAGUUUAGGGUUCCGCCGUAACCCAUGAUGACAGCGGCGAUCUAAUCGUUUUCUUCUUGCAGCAGAAACCCACGAUUGCCUCUACCAAGAAAUGUCAGCCGUCACCGCCGUUCAACGAUGCCCAAUGUCGAUGAGAAUGAUCAUAUGCUAUAAGGCUCCGUACACUAUCUUGUCGCCGGCAAGAAAGUCGUUCUCUUUGGUGUCCCCGGAGGGCUUCACUUUCACUUACAGUUAAACUUGGUAAUUGAGGUGACACAACCACAGUCCUUCACUUAACCAUGAAAACCACCGAACCCUUUCGUCACGUUGAGCAUGGACACGCCCACAAUCUCUUACUGAACCACCCCGAACCACCACCAGCUGCGGUUCGAAAGCGGCUCUUCAUCAGGGCUCCGUUCAGUAUCACAUUGUUAUUCAUUUUAUCCAUCUUACUCGUCAUUCUGAACCAACAAGUUUUAGCCACAAAUUCAGCAUUGCUAGAAAAAUAUUCCCGGAAACACUCGCAAGCUGAUCGCUUGAAAUGGCAGAGAACAGCUUUCCAUUUUCAACCCGCGAAAAAUUUCAUUUAUGAUCCUAAUCCUAAUGGUCUGUUGUUUCACAUGGGCUGGUAUCAUUUAUUCUAUCAACACACCCCGUAUGCAUCGGUUUGGGAGAACAUGUCAUGGGGUCACGCCGUGUCGAAAGACUUGAUCAACUGGUUUGAGCUUCCUGUUGCUCUCAGCCCAUCCGAAUAGUACGAUAUUGAGGGGGUUUUAUCAGGGUCGACCACCGUCCUCCCCAACGGUGAAAUCUUUGCAUUGUACACGGGAAACACUAAUAAUUUUUCCCAGUUUCAAUGCAAAGCGGUACCAGUCAACAUAUCUGACCCACUUCGUGUAGAGUGGGUUAAAUAUGACGGCAACUCAAUCCUUUACAGUUACACUCCACCAGGGAUUGGGUUAAAAGACCAUCGGAACCCCUCAACUGUUUGGAAGGGUCCCGAUGGAAAACAUAGGAUGAUCAUGGGAUCUAAACAAAACAAAACAGGACUUGUAUUUGUUUACCAUACCGAUGAUUUCAUGAAUUACAAGUUGUUGGAUGAGCCAUUGCAUUCAGUUCCCAAUACCGAUAUGUGGGAAUUUGUCGACUUUUAUCCGGUGUCAUUAACCAACGAUAGUGCCCUUGAUAUCGCCGCGUAUGGGCCGGGUAUAAAACACGUUAUUAAAGAAAGUUGGGAGGGACAUCGUAAGGAUUGGUAUUCAAUUGGGACCUAUGAUGCAAUAAACGAUAAAUGGACUCCCGAUAACCCGGAACUAGACGUGGGUAUCGGGUAUCGAUGUGAUUACGGAAGAUUCUUUGCAUCCAAGAGUCUUUACGACCCGUUGAAGAAAAGGCGGAUCACGUGGGGUUAUGUUGCCAAAUCGGACAAACAUAACCAGGGUCUCACUAGAGGAUGGGCUACUAUUUUCAAUGUCGGAAGAACCGUGGUACUCGAUAGAAAGACCAGGACCCAUCUACUUCAUUGGCCCGUUGAGGAGAUCGAGAGUUUGAGAUACAACGGUCAAGAGUUUAAUGAGAUCGAGCUAGAGCCGGGUACGAUCAUUCCACUAGAGAUAGGCACAGCUACAUAGGUACAAGAAUAUUACAAAUGUUUUUAUGUAUUUAUAUAAUAUAAUGUAACAUGUCAUGUUAUCAACUGGUCAAAUAUUAUCUUAAGAAAAUAAUUGCAUAACAUGUGGU